CUACCGGAUCAACAGCGAACUAAAUUCAAAUAUUUCGGUUCAAACGUCAAACCAAUAACGAACACACGAAUGUUUGUGGAACCAAAUUGUUUUUUUGUUUGAUAUUUGGAAAAAAACGAUUGUGAAUCAGUAAUUAUUGUGUAAAGUGCAUAUAAACUAUGUUAACUGUGUAAUUUGUGACAUUUGUGUAUUUUUAUAUUGUAUAAUAAUGGAUCCUUUCACUCAGCGUAUGUUAGAGAGGGCGCGGGCCAGACAGGAGAAGAUUGACCAAAAACUUGCGAGUUCCGGACAGGUAGUUCCGAAAAGGAGACCUUUGGCAGAAAACAUCACUGUGCUAAAAUCCGAGAAUUCUCCUGUGAAGUCUCCCAACAAAAUAUCUCGGGACUCUAUUUCAUCGCCUCGGAGGCUAUCUAAAGAUGGUUCAAAGUCUGAGACUCCUACAAAAGCUGUGGUUAAGAGAUCGAGUUUGAAGGCUGAUGUAGCGUCCCCGCAGCGGGGUCGCAACGACAUUGUGGUUACCAAGAAGGAGUUUAAAAGUCCAAAAAGGGGGAGUAUUAAUAGACGGAACUCCGAUGUAUCAGUAGAGAUCAAUAUUUCUCAUAGAAAUGAUAUUCAAAUUGAAGUGCAAGUUGAGGAAAGAGAUGCCCCUAUCAGUGUUGUGUAUGACUCACAGGCAAACCCUGGAAGCAACGUUAUCAUCAAGGAGAUCACAGAUGGCUCAUCCAUCAACUUGGAGAAGGCAAUUGAAGAUGCCUCCGAGGCCAAGACCCAACGAGGUGGACUCCGACACAAUGUCAAGUCCCGACUUGAUAGACUUGGCAAUCUGUAUUCAGAUAAGCCAACCCUCUCAUCACCCAUCCACCGCACGGAGCUAGAGUUCACAUCAGCAACUCCACCAGAGCCCGAACAGCUAAAGCAGCAGAAGCCUCGUCCCCAGGAGGGCAAGAAGAAGUUCGGCAGACUAGCCGCUUUAGCAGACCAGAUCAAUAACUGGGAAGAUGAUCUGACACAUCAUAUUCCACCUGAACCAGCAAAGAAGGCGAUAACCAAGCCAGAAAUCAAGAAUAAGAAGGAGAAGAAGACGGAGAAGCAGGAGAUACUGGAUGCAUCCACGGUGGAUGUGUCCAUACACUCGUUCCAGGACAUUAACAAAGUGCUGGAUACUACUAGCAAGGCUAAACAGACCAACAAACACGUAGACUCGAACACAUACACGAAAUCUUCUGUGAACGAGUGCCAGAGACUAGGCAAGCAGAUUGUAGCGGAAUUGGAGGGCGAGGGUUACCGGCGAGUUUCGGCCAGCCAAUCGCGGCUCGUCUACGAAUUCACCACGAAAACCGCCGAUCCCGACCGACAGGAGCCGAAGUGUGCAUCGACUACCCCCAGUGCCGCUUCAGCCCCCAACAUGGCUACAAUGGUGGCCCCGUCGCCCGUCGCCAACCCGGCCGUUACAAAAAAGCCUUCGAUCAAGAAAUACAGAGCGCCCACGCCGCCGCGGAAUGUUAUCACGGAAGAUGAAUGUGAAAGUGAAAAAGACAAAGAGAAUGCAGUGCAACUCGACAACGAAAAUGACGCAAGUGAUGAUUGUAAACAAACAAAACCGGAACCGGCGGACGACAAGCCGGCGCCGGAGAUGGGGUCGCCGUUAGUGAAAAGGUUGGCUCCGAAAAUAAACGGGAGUGUUGACAGGAGUUCUGUGUUGUCUAAGGCGGCGAUGUUCGAGACGGGCAGCCCGAAGGCGAAGGACCCCGCCGAAAUGUCAUUGAGGGAACGCAAAGCGCUCUUUGAAAAAAAUAAGGGUGCAGCAAUCGUGCCGAAGGCCCCCUUCGGCCUCGCACCCUCCGUAAAGACCCUGCACGGAGACAAUAAAGCUGACAAGAAGCCAUUGGCUCAGAAGAAUACGCCAUCUAAGACGCCAUCUUUGGCUAGUUCUAGAAGUAACUCCAAAGACGAUAAUUCUGAUGAUAAUAUAAGUCAGAGUUCCGUGGGAGGUGGGAUUAAGGAUAAACUAGCGGCACUGUUUAAUAAGGAGCAGACAAUCAGUGAAUCUACUAUUGCUAACAAGUUUAAACAGGAGAGGGAGAAGGAAAUGGAGAUGCUACAGAACAGAUUUCAUUAUAAGCCAAAACAAGAAAAAGAAGACACUCCAAAUGAUUCUGAUGAUGACACAAGUGAACAUGAUCCUUCAGAGAAGGCUCCCCUCAUGGGCAGUACUGUAAGUCUCUCGCAAAACAACAAGAAACCAGAGAUCAUUUCCAACCUACCCAAAGUCAUCUUUGACGAAAAGAAAUCCGAAGCUUUGAACGAUAAGGAGAAAGAGAUUGAGAAAGAAGACAGAGUUAUUGGAUCACAACCUGUUAAAAGACGAAGUUCCCAAGACUCGCCAGUAGUCCUAUCAGUUCUAGACGAUGUAAAGAGAAUUAAAGUAAAUAACGGCAAAAAGGAACCACAAACUAACGGAGCGGUGUUACAGCAACCAGCCAGUCUGUAUCCACAUCUGUCAGACAUUGAAACUGAUACAUCUCAUAAUCAGGAUGAAUACUCCGACUGCGGAGGAUCAAGUUCCGAGGAUUACCUUCAGGAUACGCGAGACAGAUUGAACAAAUCUGAUAACUGGGCUGAAACAUCCUUCGGUCGUGAAGUUAUGAAUGUUGUAAAGAAAAAUAACACAAGCUACAAGAAGGCGGUCCGUGAGUGUGACUCUGACAGCAGCGGCGCGGACAGCGAGCUGGACGAUAUCUUGGACGAGGCUAUUAAUGAGCAGAGUGAAGGACCUACACCGCCUAAACUAAAUAAGCAAUCUGUGGAGUCCUCAUCAAGUUUCGUGUACCAGGAGCGCUCGGCCUUCAAGUCGCCGCUGAAGGUGCAGCCAGCCACUCCUGCCAGGCACGACAAGGGCGGCGAGCUGGUGCACAGCGUCAGCUUCUACAGGCGUAUGCAGAACCAGUCCACAACGCCAUCAACUCCAAUGCGCGUGGUCCGGCACGUGUCGCCGGAACGUGGGCCGCCCGCCACGCCGGACGAGCCCACCGCCAACGUCACCACCGUACGGGAGCGCAUCAAGGAACUCCAGAACGAAAUCGCUAAACAACAGACUGUUAUAUCACAGGCGAGUCAAGCUUUGAACCUAUGCGCUGCUACUAUAGAAUUCAGCGGCUCUACCGAGCAGGCAGAGGGCGAAAGACUGUUGCUAUUAGCGACCCACCGGCGCCAGGCCUGCCUGCACGAGCUGCAGCGGCUGCAGGUGGAGGGCGCGGGCCCGGCCGCCGCGCCCGGCAUGGCCUCGCUACAGCUCGCUCACCUCGCCGUGCCGCUCAAACGGGAUUAUGUCAGGCAACUCAACGCAGACGGCGCGGUGGGGCACCACGCGGUGUGCCUGGUGAAGUGCCGCGACCGCGUGCUGGCCACCAGCAUGCAGCAGACGCAGCCCACCGCCAACGUACUGCACUUCCCGGACGACGUACAGAUGCUUGGACUGGCGAGCGACUUCAAGGUGACAGUGGAAGUGUACCUGCUACAAGCAUCGAAGGAAGUGUUGUCACACGAGAUGAAAUACCACAUUUCUAACAAAAAGUCAACUUCAAAGCUCCUGACACCGAAAUCAAAGAUAUCAGAGCUGAAGGCGCCCCGCGUACAAAGUCCAGCGGGACCUAUGGCGGUCCGCUCGCCACAGUUCUCGUUGCACGGAUACUGCAUUUUUGCACUGCAACAGUCUACUAGGAAGAACUUUACGCUGAAUAAGGUCCCAGGCGGCAGUCCACUAGAAGGCUCAGUGAACCUAGAGAUAAAGGCUCGCGUCCAAGUAUCACCGCCGGCGCCGCACGCGGCCUUCCUCACUGCGUUCGACGAUGUGUCCGGACUCGGGGCAUGGCACCGACGGUGGUUCAGGCUGCAGCCUCCUCGACUGGCCUACUGGAAGUACCCUGAUGAUGUGCAGAAGAAGAUGCCAAUCGGCGACAUAGACCUCUCGACAGUGAUAUCAGAACGCGUAAUCAAGGCACCACGCGACCUCUGCGCCCGUCCGAACACGAUCCUUCUAGAAUCCUCCAUACCAGCCGGUUUGAUCGUCCCGGAUUCAGGAUCCCUAGUCUACGUCCGACGGCCAGACGGAUCUAUCGUUAGACGCCAUCUCUUAGCCGCCGAUACGCCUAAGGACAGAGAUAUUUGGCUCGAUUGCUUGAACAAGGCAUUAGAAUAUGUUAGAUGCUGCGGCACAGAAGACGAUUGAGUUGAGUAAGAAUCUUUAAUGUUUUGUUUAGAUUUUUCUAUGAAGAGGUUUGUUGUAUUUCGAAGGGUGGUUGUGUUUGAGCCUUUUUAACAAGGGGUUAUUUGUGAAAGUGGAAGUUUUUGUUGUAGACUGUGGAGUUUUAUAUUUCUGAUUUUGCGUAAGACUCCUAUUGUACGCAACUGUUCCAGAUAUGUUUGUUUAAAACGCGUUCGGCGCUUUUAUUGAUUGGAUCAUUGGAGCCGGCCAAUCAGAGCGUCGAACUCAGUCUCGUUUCGAUCAAUUUCAACGUAAAACAAAGGCCCCAGGCCUUUUACAUUGAUCUUGUCAAAAAUGGGUAUUAUGAGCCUCACUAACCACCCCUAAACCAUUUCGUAUCUAAGAGUUACUUAACGUGUUCGGUGUCACUUAUAGGUAGAUGAAAACCAAAAUGUUAAGCAUCAUCUAAGCGUAGGAGUUCUUUAAGAUUUAAAAGAGGUUGGGGUAAACGUGCCGUAUUCCUUCGAAGAUAAAAAGUCGUUCUAUUGAACGACUUUUUAUCCAUAGUGAUUGUAUAUUACGGAGCCACAGAAGGCCUAACGGGUUGCCGGAGCUCCGGCUCCGCAGGAGCAGGAGCAGGAGUAGGAAUAGUCUGACACUCCCUCUCGACAACCGAAGAGGGGAGAAGUUUUGAUGAUUUUCCCCCCUUUAAAAUACGACAACCUCUUCAUAUUUGUACAUUAAAUUAACUACUAUAAUAUCUUUAACAUAGCAAGUAACGAUAGAAUAUAGUAUGUCAAUUAUUUGUCGAUUUUUAUACAUACAUGGAAUGGAUUAUAAACAUGUGAUAAACAGGAAUCAUUAAAAGACAUCGUUCUGUGAUUUUUGAUGAAAUAUGUAUGGAUUAGUCUCUUUUAUUGGAUUGAUGGUAAUUUAUAAGGCUUUUUCUAAAGUAAAAUUGUCUAGAAUACCAUUUCUAUAUUACCUGGCUAUCCAAAUACUCAAACAGCACUCGAUUUUAAAUCGUGCUUAACUAUAAUUCUGUCUCUACAAAUCCUUUGUAAAAUGACAGAGAUGGCACGAUAUUUAAGUACCACUUAAAAUUGCUAAAAUUUCUAAUCGCCAUCUAUACAAAACACGUUAUGAAGCUAUUCUCCGCCUUAUCUAUUAUUUGAUUGGCUGGGCCCAAUGAAAAUAUGUAUUACCUAACGUAUUGAUUUACCUAAGGGACCAAUUUUGCUAUAACAACUAGACGAUCAUGCAUCAUAGGAAUCUUGUCGUAUAGUCGGCGGUCUGCACGAGUAUGGAAAACUACGCAGGCUAUGCGAACUAAGCUGAACUAACUUAUGCCCAAAUACUGAAAUGCCACUGAAUUUUGAGUCGCGCUUAAGUAUUGUUCUGUCGACUAUAGUUCUUUGUAAAAGACUGAGAUGGCACGAUAUUUAUAUGCUACUUACUUACUUGUGGUCACUGGUGAUCGCUCUCCACUUACUCCAUUAUAGACUUUAUUUCCGAUGUUUAUAGACUACUUUUUUAUAUACAAAUGUUGUGGAUUUUUCGUGAUCGUGGAUAUACAAGUUAAGUACAAAUUAAAAUUUAGUAGCUUUUCAGUAUUCGGAUAUUAGCUUAUCUCUUGGUCUGUAACCAGCUUAUACCCCAAAAAGCAAGAUUUUUUUUAGGACGAAUAGAGUGAAUGUUCUAAUCUUUCCGAUGUUUUGCUAUUUAAACAAAAGAAAUGUAAUUAUGAAAUUAGUUUUAACUGUUCUCGAUAACUAACUCAUCUAUUUUAGUUCUUACCUCUAACUGCGACGUAUAAUUUCAAAAAAUCUAUUAAUUGGAGGAUGUUAUCAUAAAUGAUCCUGCAGUUUUCGAGGUUUGCGCAUAGCUACACAUUUUGCGCUUGAUGAUUUUUAUUCUAUUUUACUAUUUUUAGCUGUGCUAUUUUAAAUAUAACCAUGACAAUACUUUACUACUACAAUUACUAAUUUAGAUAAGGUCGAAAAUUAUACAUUUUAUUACAAAAAAAUUACGUAAAUUCUUAAAUUAAUUUUAGACGCGUACCAAUAAAACGUAAAUAUUUUAUUAUUAUAAUAGUGUGCAUAGUUUUAGUUUGACUGAAAUCUAGCUUUAAUUUUACUAACAAUUUAAUUUUAAUCAUGAUACUGAUUUUUAAAAUGUUUUCAUUAUUAAUUUUUAGUCCCUCU